AUCGCUUUGAUAUUCAGAAUAAAAAUGUGUAACUUUCUUACAUUACUUUUUGUAAUACAUCUUAUUUAUGUAAUUAAUUAAACUGUGAUUGAGUAUAAUACGUAACAACGUAAUUGCUUUAAAAUAAUGUGAUUAAAUAAUUUAAUACAGUUCCUGGUAAAAAGAAUUUUUGGAACAUGGAGAAACCGAACGAUUCAAUUUUAAGGACAAUCCUAGCUACGAGAACACCAGCUGUUCCAGCUCCAGAUUGGUCCGCGCCAAAUACAUCUAAAUCCGAAAUGCUACCCCCUCAAAACUUGAUGAUGAAAUCGCACUCUAAUAUGACCGUGGCGAUUCCGGGAGCCUCAACAUCUGACCCAUUUGUUAAUAUAACUCUUCAAAAUUGUGUUUCAACCGUUGAUGUUGGAUGCCAAUUAGAUUUGAUGACCAUUAAUUUUCGAACAAGAAAUUCUGAAUAUAAUCCAGCUAGGUUUAAUGGGGUUGUAAUGCGAAUAAGAGACCCCAGGACAACCGCUCUUAUUUUUAAAACGGGGAAAAUAAUCGUAACAGGAGCGCGAAACGAACACGACGGUUUAUUAGCAUCAAAAAAAUUCGCCAGGAUUAUCCAAAAAUUAAAUUUUAAUGUGAAAUUUACAAAGUUUAAAGUUCAAAACAUUGUUGCUUCUUGCGACUUAAGAUUUCCAAUUAAGUUGGAGAAUUUGAAUCAAAUACACGGCCAAUUUAGUAGUUAUGAACCUGAAUUAUUUCCUGGUUUAAUUUAUAGGAUGGUUAAACCACGAUUGGUUCUUUUAAUCUUUGUGAAUGGCAAAAUAGUUUUUACCGGCGCGAAAACAAGACAGGAUAUUAAGGAAGCUUUUGAUAAUAUUUAUCCAAUUUUGAAAAGUUUCAGAAAGAAUUAAUAAAUUAAUU